AUGCCCGUUAGGCGGUCACCUUAUCCACUCACUCUUCUCCUUUCCGUUGGUCCGCCGAGAGCUGGCUAAAAAGGAGAGAAAUCUCAGAGCCAAACUCCCCGCCAUCCCAAAUCCCAAUCCGUCCGCCAGAGGAAGGGAAAAUGGCGGCGGCGAUUCCGAUGCCCGCCUUCAUAUCGGCUGCCCGUUCUCAGAGCAACCCCUCGCUCUCCUCUCCCACGGGCGCCCCUCUCCUCCCCAGGACUCCCUUUCUUGCGCCCUCUAACCUCGCCCUAGCCGUCGCCAAACCCUCGAUUCGAAUCGCUUCCCUCCCUUCGAGGAACCGCCUCCAGGUCCGUUGCCAAGAGAAGCAGGUCGCAGUCGUCUCCAGGGAGAACCGGUGGAUGUACGAAGAGUCCGAGAUCAACGGCCCCGACAUUUGGAACAAAACUUGGUAUCCUAAGGCUGCAGAUCACAUAACCACAGAAAAAACAUGGUAUAUAGUUGAUGCAACGGACAAAAUUCUUGGCAGAAUGGCAUCAACUAUUGCAAUACAUAUCAGAGGAAAGAAUCUUGCAACCUACACUCCUAGUGUGGACAUGGGGGCCUAUGUGAUUGUGGUCAAUGCAGAAAAAGUUGCAGUUUCUGGUAGAAAGAGGACUCAAAAGCUCUACAGGAGGCAUUCAGGAAGGCCAGGUGGUAUGAAGGUGGAGACAUUUGAUCAACUUCAAAAGAGAAUUCCUGAAAGAAUAAUUGAACAUGCUGUGCGGGGCAUGCUUCCUAAAGGAAGGCUCGGAAGAACUUUAUUCACGCACCUCAAAGUGUACAAAGGCCCAGACCAUCCACAUGAGGCCCAAAAGCCUAUCCCUCUUCCUAUAAGGGACAAGAGAAUACAAGUAACGAGGUAGAUUUUCUGGUGCUCUCCAGAUAUAAGAUGCAGAUUAUUCAUGUUGUGCGGACGUUAGGAUAUUCUUUUUUUUUAAAAAAAAAAUCCUAGUCAGAGUUGAGAGGUCUAUGGUCAUUUUAAGAGUUGUAAAAAUUUCUCUAGCCUAUUUCUUGCCUCCUGAUACUGUUAAUGUGUAUUAUCAGUUUAUCUCGAU